UUGCUGGAUGCAGUCUGGUGGCCCUUCUACACCAUGGCGCAUCCGAUAACACGAGCUGCUGUGCCGCCUCCUCCCCCUCGUCCUCCACGCCGUCCUUUCCGUCUUGGGACACUCGCCCUCACGACCUCCCUCGCCGCGACCCUCACGCUCUCCUACCUCUACGCAACCGACACCCGCGCCUCCUACCAUCAGUGGCUGGUCCCUCCUCUCCUCCGCGCCGUCUAUCCCGAUGCUGAGGAGGCCCACCAUGUCGGCACCCGUGCCCUCAAGCUCCUCUACGAGCUCGGCCUCAACCCGCGCGAGCGCCCCACCCGCACCCCAGGCAUCGUCCGUGAGCCCUCCGAUCUCGCCGUGACCGUCUUCGACACCACCCUGGCGAACCCUAUUGGCAUCUCCGCCGGGCUUGACAAGGACGCCGAAAUUCCUGACGUCCUGUUCGACCUGGGCGCCGGCGUCGUCGAGGUCGGCGGGUGCACGCCGCAUCCGCAGGAGGGCAACCCGAAGCCGCGUGUGUGGCGCGUCCCUGCUGUCGAGGGCAUGGUCAAUAGGUACGGCCUGAACAGCCGUGGCGCCGACGCCAUGGCCGCCCGGCUUCGAGAGCGAGUCAGGAAGUUUGCCAUGUCGGUCGGGCUCAGCGAGCGGGCUGUCCUCAACGGCGACGGCGUGGACGUGCCUCCUGGCAGCCUGCUGCGGGGCCGACUGCUGUGCGUGCAGGUCGCCAAGCAGAAGGAGACAGACGAGCGGGACCUCGACGCCGUGGCGCGGGACUACGUCUACUGCGUGAACCGCCUCGCCCCGUACGCCGACGUGCUGGUCGUCAACGUCAGCUCCCCCAACACGCCGGGCCUGCGCGACCUGCAGGCCGCCGAGCCCCUGGGCCGCAUCCUCGCCGCCGUGGUGGACGAGGCGCAGCGCACACAGAGGAGGACCAAGCCCAAGGUCAUGGUCAAGGUGUCGCCUGACGAGGACGAGGCAGCGCAGAUGGAGGGGAUCGUCCAGGCCGUGUACAUGAGCGGCGUCGACGGCGUGAUCGUGGGGAACACCACUAAGCGGAGGGCAGGGCUCGUGCCGGAGGGCGUGCGCCUGAUGCAGCGCGAGAGGGACGCGCUGAUGGAGACGGGGGGGUUCUCGGGCCCUGCCAUGUUCGAGAGGACGCUGGACCUGGUGGGGCGGUAUCGGAAGAUGCUGGACGGGUUCUCGAUGCGAGACUCGGAGGAAGGAACAGCCACCCCAGCUGCUGCUACUGCCGCCGCCGUCGCCGCUGUGCCGGCUGUCGAUGGGACGGUGGCUGGGCAGGUCGAGAGCGGGAAGCGCAAGGAGACACCCCAGAAGGUCAUCUUCGCCACCGGCGGGAUCAAGAACGGCGAGCAGGCGUUGAAGGUCCUGAACGCUGGGGCGAGCGUGGCUAUGGUGUACACCGGCAUGGUGUAUGGCGGCGCGGGCACUGUCACGAGGAUAAAAGGCGAGAUGAGGAAGACGUUGGAAAAUGGGAGUGCAUAGAGGGGCGGGGAUGGCUUUGGCGAUUAUUAUGUCACCUCUCGUGGGGGUGGUAGGGCGGCAAUAGACAAAAAUGUGUUUUAUUGAAGCAUCUUUGCAGUAUAUAUAUCACUAUAUACACAUGUGUUUUGGCC